UGUCACCAGAAGCACUCUUGCAUGCCGUAGCAAGUAUUGGAGGAGGAAAUAGUUCAUAAAUCUUUGGAAUUUAUACUGGCAGCAAAAAAUCAAAUAGUUUAUUAUGGACAAGCUAUUCUUUUUAGCCUUGGUUUGCUGUAAGCAGACUGUGGAAGGGUUCACCUUAUUUGUGAAUGAAUCACAACAUGAAGAUAUCACUUUAAAAUGUAAACUUCAUGAUGACACAAAAAACAUCACCUGGUGCUUCGUAAGUGAUCGUGACCAUUUAAGUUGCACAGAGCCAGACACUAUAAAUAUUGCAGAGAUGGAACAUAUGAAUACUGAACAAAAGUUAGAAGCUAACAAGAUUAAAAUCAGAAAUUUAAGAAAUAACACUGGGAUGUAUUUCUGUGCAAAAGGCAAUGUUGAAGCUUCGGUAUUCAAAACUAUGCUGGGAUCUCUGAAAAACAGAACUACUUGUUCACAACUUGACCAGUUUUUAGUUUUAUCAAGAGACACUCAAAAUAAAGACACUGCACCAGAAGAGAGAUACCAAGGACAGACUGUAACUUUACAGUGCACAUUUUCGGAAAUAACAGAACCUUACAAAGUAUUUUGGAUUAAAUCUGGUAUUACCAGUCAGUGCCUGUAUUCAUUUAGUUGUGCAACUAUGUUUCACAACCCAGACAACAACUCUGAUUGUUGCAUUGAAGAGACAUAUAUAGUACAGAGUCAAACACAAGAUAAAAAACAGUCUCAUAAUAUUACACUUUCAAACUUGACAGACUCCGAUGCUGGAAUGUAUAUCUGUGUAGUAUAUAUACUCAAUAAUAAUCACUGGGCAAUAGCAUCCAAUAUCACUUUGAAGGUAAAUAAGUAUAAAAGCAUGACAUCAAACUGGUUGCCUACUACAUUAACAACUACAACAGACAUCAUUGGACAUGAACAGCCGCAUAAUAAACAAACCUCUGAAGUAAUCAUCUUUGUAAUGCUUGGUAUUGCAGUUGCAGCUGGAAUGCUUGGUGGGCUGUUGUGCUUCAUCAAAAGAAAAAAGAGCCAAUUAAGCAGCAAUUUAGGGUUGAAAAGGGAUGAAGAUCUCACAUUACAGAAUGACACAGUUACACCUUAUGCAGUAUUUAACAGAACAGAAGACAUGCCUGAAGAUGUGAUGAAGCCUGCUAAGAACCAUAAAAUGCAAAAAGAUGAAAAGGACAAUACAGAAAUUCCAUUGUAUUCCCUGCUGGGAAGCAAGUGCACUGCAAGUAGUAUUUAUUGUUUAGUGGAACAUGAUCCAAGGGUUAUAUCGAAUGAAGAAAUGUCUGGGCCAGAAAAAAAUAAAGAUGAAGGCUUUGUAGACAACAUCUUAUAUGACAGUGCAAACUAAUUAUUAAUUCAGUGACACGGUACAAUCACAAAAGAAAUUCCUGCAUAUGACACCGGAAGGUGAAAAUUAAUCUGAGGUAGAUUAACUAAUGAGCCCCAAAAUCAGAGAAUGUAUUGUUUCCUUAGCAAUUUCUGACAGUGUCAUUUUAAGAGUACCUGUAUUGUUACAAAUAAUACUUUUUGUAAUGUACAAAUUGACUUGAUAUUUUUCAAAGACUUCGGAGUCCAGCAGAUAUUUAUCAGUUCAAUUUUUUAAUUUAACGUUUGAAAAAAAAAGUUACAGUACACCUUUCACUGGCAUUCUUAACUGAGGUUUAUAACUGUGAAGCAUAACACAAAAUAAACUAAGUACUGCUUUA